AUGGCAUUCCCAUACCAGCACGUUCUAUUCAUCGGUGCCACUGCAGGCAUUGGUCGAGCAAUGGCCGAUCGCUUCGCUGAAACGGGCGUCAAAGUUACUGCUAUUGGACGUCGUCAAGAACGACUUGAUGAGUUUGUGGCCAAACAUGGCGCUGACAAGGCCAGCGGUGUCGCAUUUGAUAUUUCUCAAGUUGACAAGAUUCCUUCUUUUGUCGAGAAUGUUCUACAAGUACACCCCGAUAUCGACAGUGUCUUCCUCAAUGCAGGCACUCAAAGUGUCAUCAACUUGGCUGACCCCAAGGGCUUCAACUAUGAGAACUUUAAGCAGGAGUUUGAUUUGAACUUCUAUAGCCUUGUCGCUCUUACCCAUGCUUUCAUCCCUCACUUCCUAAAGAAAGAGAACCCUACAAGUUUCAUAUUCACUGGAUCAAACCUCUCUAUUAUUCCCGGCGCUACACUAUCUGCAUACUGCUCGUCCAAGGCAGCCUUGAAUGUAUUCACACUUUGCCUGCGCGAGAACCUCCAAAACACAAAGACCAAGGUUAUCGAAGUUUCUCCUCCUCCGGUGCAAACUGAGCUUCACGAUUAUCUUGGAGAAGAGAAAGGUCGCGCCUUCGGUAUGCCGCUUGACCAAUUCACUGAUGCAGCUCAUAAGGAUCUUCUGGCGGGUCAAGAUCAGAUCAUUAUUGGUGCCAUUGGACCAGCUGAUAUCUUCAAAGAGAUUGUCGAUAAGCGUCGACAGGGCUUUGAGAAUCUUGCUGCUCACAUGAGAUCCAUCGCUGCUGGUAAACAUUAG